AUGGCUGAUACCUCUCUUACAAUUUUCAUGUAUCCAUGGUUUGCCAUGGGUCAUCUUACCCCUUAUCUUCAUACAGCCAACAAACUUGCAGCCAGAGGCCAUAAAGUUUUCCUUGUUGUCCCUCCUAAAAUGCUAUCCAAUUUGGAAAAAUUCAAUGUUCAUCCGGAUCUCAUCAAGUUGAUACCCCUCCCCCUUCCACAUGUUGAAGGCCUCCCUUCUCAAGUUGAAUCCAGCGCAGAAAUUCCUAUUCACGUGCAACCUUUUCUCCGGCACGCCAUGGAUCUCACAGAACCCACCAUUGAAUCUUUACUCCAAGAAACCAAACCCCAUUUCAUCUUCUUUGAUUUGAUGUACUGGGUGCCCUUUUUGGCGCGCCGUUUAGGUGUAAAAGCAAUUCACUUUUCCGUUGUAAGCCCUGCAUCUAUGGGUUUCUUGUUAUCUGAAGGACCAUCUAUCGAGUCUCUCAUGAGCGGUCCUCCGGGUUUUCCUUCAUCUAUCAAGCUCUAUAAACAUGUUGCCCGUGAGCUUCAGUUUUUCGAUGGUGAAAAGGAAGUUGGCAGUGGCUUAACAAUAAAGCAGCAGUUGAUCACUUCACUUUGUGAGUCUGAUGCCAUUGGUUUCAAGACUUGUAGAGAAACUGAAGGGUCAUAUACUGAAUAUAUUGAAAAUUACUUCAAGAAGCCAGUCUUACUUACAGGGCCAGUUAUUCCAAAACAACCAUCUUCUUCCCUGGAGGAGAAGUGGACGAAAUGGCUCGAGAAAUUUAGACCCAAAAGCGUGAUUUACUGUGCAUUUGGCAGUGAAGCCAUACUUCCUAUGAAUCAAUUUCAAGAAUUAUUGAAGGGUUUUGAACUCACUGGUCAUCCCUUUUUUGCUGCACUGAAGCCACCUUCUGAGGCAGAGGCAGUUGAAGAAGCCUUACCUGUGGGAUUCAAAGAGAGAACUCAAGAAAGAGGGUUAGUUCUUGGAUGUUGGGUUCAACAACAACUGAUCUUAAAACACCCUUCCGUGGGGUGCUUCGUUACACAUUGCGGAUAUGGUUCUGUUUGGGAAGGUUUGAUGAGUGAGUGUCAAUUGGUGUUACUGCCCCAUGUAGCCGACCAAUACGUUCAUGCCAGAUUACUGAGUGCUGAUCUAAAAGUUGGAGUUGAAAUCGAGAAAGGAGACGACGAUGGUUUGUUUACGAAGGAGGGCGUGCACGAAGCCAUAAGGGCAGUGAUGGAAGUUGACAGUGAAAUCGGGAAGGUGGUGAAAAGAAACCAUGAUAAAUGGAGGGAUUUCUUGUCAAGCGAACGCCUCGAGGAUUCUUAUAUGGAUGGUUUUGUUCAGAACAUGAGAUCCCUUUUAGAUAAUUAA